GGGCCCCGGACCAGGCUGGGAGCAAGUCCUUCGCGGAGACUGGCGCUGCCUCUCCAGCUGGCGCCACCGCCACCGCCACCAAGCCGGCCUCCGAGCGAGCUGGGAGGCCAGGGCCGGGAGACUGGGGGCGCCCAUGGAGCACACGCACGCCCACCUCGUCGCCAACAGUUCCUCGUCCUGGGCCCCUGGCUCGUCCUGCGGCUUGGGCUUCGUGCCGGUUGUCUACUACAGCCUCUUGCUGUGCCUCGGUUUACCAGCCAACAUCCUUACGGUGAUAAUCCUUUCCCAGCUGGUGGCACGAAGGCAGAAGUCCUCCUACAACUAUCUCCUGGCGCUUGCUGCAGCUGACAUCUUGGUCCUCUUUUUCAUCGUGUUCGUGGACUUCCUGUUGGAAGACUUCAUCUUGAACAUGCAGAUGCCUCAGGUCCCCAACAAGAUCAUAGAGGUGCUGGAGUUCUCGUCCAUCCACACUUCCAUCUGGAUCACCGUCCCAUUGACGAUUGACAGGUACAUUGCCGUCUGCCACCCGCUCAAGUACCACACUGUCUCCUACCCAGCCCGCACCCGCAAAAUCAUUCUUGGCGUCUACACCACCUGCUUCCUGACCAGCAUCCCUUACUAUUGGUGGCCCAACAUCUGGACUGAAGACUACACCAGCACCUCCAUGCAUCACGUCCUCAUCUGGAUUCACUGCUUCACGGUGUACCUGGUGCCCUGCUCCAUCUUCUUCAUCUUGAACUCCAUCAUCGUGUACAAGCUCAGGAAGAAAAGCAACUUCCGCCUGCGGGGCUACUCCACCGGGAAGACCACGGCCAUCCUCUUCACCAUCACGUCCAUCUUCGCCACGCUCUGGGCCCCCCGUAUCAUCAUGAUCCUCUUCCACCUCUACGGGGCGCCCAUCCGGAACCGCUGGCUGGUCCACAUCAUGUCCGACGUCGCCAACAUGCUGGCCCUUCUGAACACGGCCAUCAACUUCUUCCUCUACUGCUUCAUAAGCAAGCGCUUCCGGACCAUGGCGGCUGCCACGCUCAAGGCUUUCUUCAAAUGCCAGAAACAACCCGUACAGUUCUACACCAACCACAACUUUUCCAUAACAAGUAGCCCCUGGAUCUCACCAGCCAACUCCCAUUGUAUCAAGAUGUUGGUGUAUCAGUAUGACAAAAAUGGAAAGCCUAUAAAAGUGUCCCCGUGACCCUCCCCUAGGUUUGGCACCUCGUGCCUCUGUUUAACCAGUUUUCCAGAUGGAAGGAGCGUCCCAUCCUCUGGCUGAAAAGCUCCCCUGGGGAGCGCUGCCCUGAUUUCCUGCCUCCACGGAUUGAGAACUCUCAGACUGGUAGAUGGGAAGAGACAGAAGAGCCGAAGGGAAAGCAUGAAUCUUGGUUUUUAUUUAUGUAUUUCUUUUUGCAACAUCAACAAAGUCAACGGCCAAAGUACCUACCAGUUU